AUGGCGGGACCCGCAGCCAGGCUGUGGAGGGUUCGGCCCAGCCGUCCGGCGCGCACCCUGGGCUGCCCUCUGGCGGCGGCCGCGGGGACCCAGGCGGCCGCCCCGCCCCGCACCGCCCUUCUCCCACCUGGAACCUGUUGCCACCGGCUCGAGAACCCCGGCCUCUGGUCACCUGGGCGCGGGCCCAAGCACGCAUGCGCACACCUACUCCUCCGGCGGCACCUGGGCGGAAGCCCCCUGAUUGCGCACGCGCGCUGGCGCAGCGUGGCGGUCGCCAAGGAGACGCGUGGCCCAGGGCAAGCACUCAGCUCCUGGAGCCCCCGGCUAGGCGGCAGCGGGUGGUGGGCUGCCCCUCGCGCAGGUGGCGUUCCUGGGGGGAUGGACCACUUCGGUGGGGCCGUGGCGUCCGGGUACCGCGAGGGCGCGGAGGACAGGGAGGAGGAGCUAGAGGGCUGCACGGCAGGCACAAAGGGAUCCAAACUGCCUCCCAUCUGCAGCGCCCCAGAGCCCACCAAACGGAAGGUGAAGAAGAAAAAGAAGAAGAAAAAGACUGAGGGGUCGGGCAAGGGGGACGAUAAACAGCAGAGCCGAAGCCUGAAGACUCAGCAGCUGUCUCCAUCUUUGCACUCCGUCUUAAACCCCAGCAAGCGUGAUGGCCCGAGGCAAGAGCACAGACAGGACAAAGAGCAAAGCAAGCUCACCCCUUCUUUCUUCCCUUCUGUAAGUCUCCCCUACUUGGCAGAAAUAGAAGAGACCCUUUCAAGCCAGAUCAAUGAGAGUCUGCGCUGGGAUGGAAUUCUCGCCGACCCAGAGGCAGAAAAAGAAAGGAUUCGCAUAUACAAGCAGAACCGGAGGAAGCGGUACCGGAUUUUGGCCCUCAAGAGCUUCCACUCGGACCCCUGUGCCCAGGAGAUGCCCAAGAACCUGGCCUGGCUCUCGGAUCAAAACGGCGGCAGCAGGAGCGGGCAGCCCUCGGUCAAAGCCGGCUGCCCCAGUCCCUGCUUUGAAGGCAACUUUACUCCGAAGCUCCCACACCGUGAUUUAGCCACGGCUCUGCCAGAGUGAAAAUCCACCCCUGAUACCGACAAGCUUAUCUGUUAUCCUCACCACCAGCUUAUGUGUUGGAAAAGAAGAAGAAAAGGAAGCCAGACCGGCAUCUGAAGGAAGCAGACGUCCGCUGCGUGGGGGAGGCUGACCUCCCCCUUCUCCAGCUGCCCUCGCUGGCCCCGGGACGCGGCAGUUUCUUAACAUAAGCAACUCAAUGAACAGAGUUCUCUUCAGAAUUCCUUUUUCUCAAAUAA